AUAUAACUGUAGUCCCUUUAUGCAACACUCAAAACACUAACCUACAUAAAUUGAUAAACAAAUAAUAAGUUCUUUGAAAAAAUACACUUGGUGCUUUGUUGUCUGGAACAUAUUGCAUUAAAUGUCAGACAAUAGUGAUAUCAGUAUUUUCAACAUCCGUGUUAAAGUAACAAGAUAGCUGGUCUGAAUGUAAUUCACAGGUACACUGAAAUAGGCAUACAAUCACAAGGACUACGAUGCUGAACAAAGAUAAGAAAAAAAUGCACAUAACUAUAAAUAAGUAGGUGAUAAAUAUGUGUGUAAAAAAAGAAACAUACAAAGUGUUCUGUAGAUACAUACAAAUACACUACUGUCAGGGACAUUGGAGUAUGGGUCCAUAUAUGUGUGUGCAUGGAUAUGCAAUAAAAGUCAAAUGAAAUGUGUUUUAAAACAUAAACAUUGAGACAUGUCACAGAAUAAAUAACCAAGUGAAACACUUAACUAUGCAAAUACCCCAAACUAAUUUUGAGUUGCAUAAUGCAAAGGAAUAAAUGUUGGAUAAAAGUACUAGAUUCCAUUAUCUACAAGAAGUGAGUGGCUGUGUAUUGUGGCUUGCAGGAUUUAUAGAUGGGUGAUAUGUAAAAACACACAAUAAAAUGAAUACAGUUAAAUACAGAAUACCUGCAAUAAACCCUGUGUAAAGCCAAUUAAAAUGAAAGCUAUUAGUUUAGUGUUUUUUUUUUCUUUCUUGCAGGCCUAACUGUUUUCAAACAAACAAAAAAGAUUACAAUCGAAAGGUGAUGGGAUCCAGGCUCAUAUCAGCUAAUUAUUAAGCUAAUUAAGAAAAGACAUGUCCAAUGUGCGGGCUGCAAUCUGCUGGAGAGUGAAAAGUGCGGACACAUGAGGUGGUGCCCUGACUGCAUGGUCAUAAAUGAUAAUGUAAUGAGAGUCCUGCUGAGCUAACGAUAAACAGCUAGCUUUUGAUAAUGCCAUAUGCCAUAACGGUGUGAAGACGUCGCUCGACGGUUGACGGCGGCUGCUGCGUCGCUGCCACUCUGUUCGGUUGCCAGGUUCCGUUUGACGAACGUCGAGUGAGCGCGCUCUUGUUUUGUCGGCUGCUGUUAACGCCCACUGUAGGUAUUGCUCAUUUUGCGGAGGGGCUGCCCCAUUCAUAGGGCUAGUAGGCAAGUCAAGGCGGGCGAAAGCAGCGCAGGAGCGGCCAAACACCAUCAGCGACGUAGCGUGUGAGCCAAAGGAUGGUCUGUCGCUGAGAAAAGGAAAGGAAAGGGAACAAAAAAACCCAACAACCUAGGCCAGGUUAAACUACGCUACCGUUUGCCGGCAGUUUCGACCUCGGACACACUCUCAGCUAACAAGCCGAAACCAUCUUCCUCAGGAAUGGAGAUUUGAAUGUCUUGAUUGAACACUGGAGGACCUCUCCUGUGCCAGACCUGCCGCGGAAAUACACUGACUUCCUCGUCGCCUAGCUCCUCACCGCUGCCGCAGACCGGCCAACCUACUCGGCUCACCGAAACCCCCCUCCCCUACCCUACCCCCAGGCUGUCCGCGGACCGCCGGCUCUGGCAUCUGGACGCAUCGGGGACCUGGUCUUUCGUCGUUGUAGAUAACGUAAACGUGCCUGUGUGUGCUUUUUUUUGCUGCCUGUAUGAUGCCGACACAUUUGCGGUUCCGGAGAAGGUCAUUCCUUGGGCUUAUAUUCCUCUUUUCACUGUCCACCUCCGCAUUGUACUUCAUCUACUCCGCCCCCGGAAUCGUGAAUGAGUAUGUGUUCAUGGUCCAAGCCAGAGGGAUCCAGAUCAGAGAAAACGUGAAGAACAUCGGGGCUCAGGUUCUGGAGCAGGUGGUGAGGGGGGCAUACAGUGUCAAUGGCACAGAUUAUUCUUAUGACUUCAACAUGAGUGAGAGUGAUGCUCCUCCCACCACGUACCUCCCUGAGGACUUCACCUACCUCCCCUCUCAGGUCUGCCCCGAGAGGAUGCUCUCCAUGAAGGGCAGGUUGGAGGUGAAUAUGAGUGAGGUAUCUUUGGAGGAGGUGGAGAGAUCCUUUCUGGAGGGAGAGCCUAGCAUAGCCCCAGGAGGCUACUGGAAGCCCAACGACUGUUUACCUCGCUGGAAGGUGGCAAUCCUCAUCCCAUUCAGGAACCGACAUGAACACUUACCCAUUCUACUGAGACACCUGGUGCCAGUGCUACAGAAACAGAGACUCCAGUUUGCCUUUUAUCUCAUUGAGCAGGGGGGCACAGAGCCUUUUAACCGAGCCAUGUUGUUCAAUGUCGGCUUCAAGGAGGCCAUGAAGGACUUUGACUGGGACUGUCUGAUCUUCCACGACGUGGACCACCUCAUGGAGAACGACAGAAACUACUACGGCUGCACCGACAUGCCCCGACACUUUGCGGUCAAACUUGACAAGUACUCCUACAUGCUUCCGUAUAAUGAGUUCUUUGGUGGGGUCAGCGGCAUGACGGUGAAGCAGUUCAAAAAGAUUAAUGGAUUUCCUAAUGCAUUCUGGGGCUGGGGAGGAGAGGACGAUGACCUCUGGAACAGGGUGCGUUAUGCCAACUACACAGUGAGUAGACCGCGAGGAGACCAGGGACGAUACAUGUCUAUUCCACAUCACCAUCGCGGGGAAGUCCAGUUCCUGGGAAGGUAUAGUCUACUACGCCACUCGAAGGAAAGACAGAAAGUGGAUGGUCUCAACAACCUCAACUACUCCCCCCUAAUGUCCAGGAGGCCUCUCUACACCAACAUCACAGUCAGCUUGAGCAGAAAGCUUGCACCCGUAGCUGACUACUGACGUAGGCACAGCUGGACUGCAAAAACACACCUGGGAAGCAAAGUCCUCUGGGACAUCAGCCAUAUUUCACCAGUUGCAGCAGUGCUUAGGACUUUUCAGUUGAUCCUUUGCUUUGUUUUUGUUUGUAUGCAAAAAAAGAAGAAAAAACAGGAGACUCAAAUAAGUAUGUUGGAAAUAAUAAUUUAAGAAAUUAAGGAUUAAUGCUGCACUUGCUUGUGCCACAGUCCAUCACUUCUCUCAUCUGGGCUUAUCUAGUGUUCAGUCUCCACAUGCCUUUUGCACCAUUUUGGCCUUCAACAUCCAUCCAUUCAUUCAUUUUCUAUUCAGUCAACAAUUAGCUCAGCCCUACGCUAUUGUCCUUGUUUUGUUGGUUUUUUUUUUGUUUAGUUUUUUCUAAAUAGGCAAUGACACAAGCGCACAUUCCUGGCGUGGUCCCCCCGAGGCUUUGAUUUGUCCAUUCCCCUUUGCUCUUGCACUUCUCAUGUUAACAAAAUGCAGUAAACCUGUGAAAACAUUUGCAUGCACACACACGACCACGCAGCAAAUGUUGACCGAGUGGACUCUUUGCAGCUGGUUCUGCAGAAGGUAUGCCAAAUCUGCAAGCGAAGAGACAAGAGAAAAUGAUAUAAAAAAAAAAACAAGAGUGCGUGUUUUCAGUCAUGUAUACUGUAUGUGAAAUAAUUAAUUAAGUUGAGAGCCUGUUGAUACCUUUUCAUCUCUUUCCAACUAUAGUUUGUCCUGUGAACAUGCCAUGUAAAGACUGUGAUGUUUGUGUUUGCAUAGUUGCAUUGGACGUUCUGGCUGCCUGCAAGUGGCUGUAUGUUGGAGAGCAAUGCUCACACCGUUAGCAAUAAGCUGUAAUAUCUGACAGCGGAACUUAGACCCGACUUCCUCACUAUACAGAUGCAAUAGCAUGGGUGCUAGCAAAACCCUUAUUGGACUACAGAGAAGGAGUGACUGCGUAUGCAAACUUCACACUCAACACACCUUUGCCUACGCAAACAUGCCACCAUUGUCAGAGCCUGCGCAUCUGGUUGUGUGUGUGUGUGUGUGUGUGUCCGUGUGUAUAUAAGUGAGGAAGAGCUAUGCAAAUGGCCUGCUUGUAUCCCGUCGUCAGCGCAGAGGUCUUCAGGGUGACCUCGAGGAGAUGUCACUCGGUGUGUGGUGCGCGAGUCCAGGCCAGGGAAAGAUAAAACCGUUGCUGUUUCACUUUUAGAUCCCGCAUCCUUAAUGUUUACUCAUCCUCAUUUUUUUUUUUUUUCUUAAUGGAGAGAAUUGGAGGUAGAGAAUACUUGAUCGCUGUCACUGUCACUGGUGUUUACAGAAGCUAUUGCUUUGUUAUUUUUCAGAUUGUCUAGUGUUUGUAAUACUGUUAGCCAGCCCUCCUCCACUGCGGGUGCUGUGAAAACUGUAUCUUUACAACAACCAAUCUCUGGCUGCCUUUAUGUUUUUUUAACUGACACUUCUUUAUCUAGACGUGGGUAGGAAAACAUUUUAAAUGAAUAUCUAAGAUGCAAGCUGAACCACUGAUUAGCUUUGCUCGCUCGUGGCCAGUCUUUAGCCAGUGAGUUUCUCUGUAGAAAAUCAGAAAAAUUCAGGAUGAUGGCUCGAAGUCGAGGUUUUGUUCGGUGGCGCGCUGCACACUGUGCAUCGACACAGCAGGCAGUUGCUAUAAUGUCCCCCUCUCCGGUCUGUGUGUUUGACAGUGUUGACUUUGAGUAAAAAUAUCCCAGUACCGUAAACGUGGUUCCGUUUAACAACAUCAAAAAAAAUAAAUAAAUAAAAAGAUUGCAGACACUUUCUCCUCACUGUCUGUCCUCUAGUCAUGCAGCUACUUCAUUUCACACAAAUCGCCUUGUAUGCAUUUCUUAUGAUGUAUUUUUUGGGAGGAAAUGUGGGUGGGUUGGCAAACUUUUUGUGCUCCCACACUGAAAUAAGACAUAGAGGCAAAGAGGCAGGACCUCAUUUUAUUUAUUUGAUCUUUUAUGGAUUAUUUUUCUGUAAUUGUUCAUUUUUUUUCUUGCGGUUGAUGUGACAAUGUAGUAGGUGACAUAUGACAGACUGUGUUAGAUGCACUGAAACUUGUAGUUAUGUGUAAUUGUGUGCGGUUGUGAGGUUCAGGUCUGUGUAAAAUGUGUGUGUGGGGGGGGGGGCGUUCAGUUUCAUUUAGACUCCCCUCUUCACGACACACAUGUCUUGGUUUUUCAGUGAAAUGGAACCGGACAUGUCGCCUGGCGUGUAUUAAUCUACUCAACAGACACGUUGGAGGAGGCCAUUUUGUGUGACAACCACAGGAAGAGCAAGACACCUAAUCAGAAAAUGCUUCUGGUCGCUGUCCUUCACUGAGCACCUCCUUUAUAGUAAUUGAUAUUGAAUGGUGCUGACCUUCUAGACCUCCCUACGAGGGAUUCUCUCUCUCUAUACGCACUAACUGGAACCAGUCCUAACAUCGUAACAGCCGUGGUCAGCGGGCAAAAACAUCCCUCAAACUUUUUUAUGGCUCUGUCAUCUCUAGUUCCAACCUGCGUAUUAGCGGCAUAAAUAUUCUGUGUUUUGACAUGCUGCCUUUUCGUCUCGCCGCGUAAAGCUAAUUCGUGCAUUCGUUCUUCUGGUUCAUUGCCACAAACCGAAGCGCGUGUUUACCUCCGAGCCAGUGACUCAGGAGGUGCUCAGUGGAUGUCAACGGACAGUUAGCGGCAUUUGUGUUAAGUUUUCUUUUCCAUGUGUGUUUGAGUGAAAUGGCUGAAACCUUUCAGUCCUCCAUCUAGAUUUCUAGGGUUUUUUUUUUUUUUUUGGUUUUGUUUUUUUUCCUUUUCAUUUUAUUUUUUUCCGCACUGAUAUGAAAGUGAUCUCUGGCUUGACCUGGUUUUGCGAACAACUUGCAGGUUCCUUUCCGGCUUUUGAAACUUAAACACGAUACACUGUAUUUCCUGCUUUUCAUUUUUUUGCUUAGGAUUAAAUCAAGCAGCUAGGCGGACGAUGUAGAAAAAAAAGCCAAUUGGUUUUUAGUUGGAGUGUUUCGGGUGAAUAUUCAGACCUCGGGCACCCCCUCUCGAUAUAUAAAGAUUAGCUAUUCUUUAGAACGAGAAGCUUCAAGGGCCAACAACAUAAUCAGCAAAGAUGGCUCUUCUGUUUGAAUUAACAGGUGCAAAUCCGUCAACGCUUGCUUGCAUUUUGUUUAAAAAAACAGGAAAAUUGACUUCUGUGGUGAUAAGAGCAUGCUGGCUAGUCUUUUCCCUCUCAUAUGUACUUGUGCGUGCUCUCAGCACAGACAAAGGCCGAGCCCGCUGCUCACUCAAGAAGCUUCUUCAUAGCAUAAUCUCACCUGCUCUGAUCCAUUCUGUGCCAGUUUAAAUGAAGUAAACCAUUCUUUGGGCAUCUGACAAGACUGGCAGCCUUAAAAAAAAAAAAAGCUUCUUAAUUUAUUGCGGUGUUUUUUCACUCAAGUUUUUUUUUAUAAGCGAAAAAUAUUUAAAUUGAGAAAAAAGUGUAUAUCAAGUAAAAAAUGAUCAUUGUAAAUAUUGUUGUGUGUAGUGUUUUAGAAAUUCUAUAAGGUCUUAAAUCACUACAGAUGCUAGCAAGAACAAGGCUUUUGGAGGGGAUUUGGCUCGGAGGGGGGGGGUUGUUCUGGUGCCAUUUAAGUGCUAGUGAAGCUUACAUAGCGACAUCAAUGUUUUUACAUCACAGCCUCUCAGCACCUGCUUUUUGUAAAAAUAGAAGGAAAAAAAAUAUCCUUAUUCCAUGAAAUUUUUCGAUUUCUCUCACAAUCUGAGCUGUUCUGCACUCCCGAGGCCUUGCUGGUCGUCGUGCGCUGUAGCAGUUGAAGAGGCCAAUCACAACGGACUUGGGCACCAAUCUUCAUGUAAAAGUUUGGUGUCCUCGUUCGUGCAAGUGAUGUCUCUUUGAUGGCGACAGCGGUCGGGGUAAGGCACAGGUUGGAGGGAAGCACUGCAGGAUGGCGAAGUGUCAGCCAAAAAACACCAUAUGCUUACAAUGCAAUGGAGCACAGGCACCCGAACCAGCGACACAAUCCACUCUAAAAAUCCACUCAGAUUCAUUUUUUUUUGUAUGAAAGCUAACUCUUUAAAAAAAAUAAAAUAAAAAAUAAAUAAAGAUACAGAUUGCUAAAUUUAAGAUAUCUCUUCUCUGAUUGUAAGGAGAUAACUUCUCCUUGAAUUGAAGCCAUUUGAAGCCACUUGUCAAAACUUGAUGUCAGCCUUAUGUGGAUCUGUUUGUGUAUCGGCAUAUUAUCUUUUGAUUAUCAAAAUUUGUAUGAUGGAGUUUUUUCUUUUAUACCAUCAUUGUUAUUGUCAAAGUACACCAAUAAAAUGAAACUUGUAAAGAUA